GGGGUGGAAGGAGGAGUGGCGCCCGAGAGGCGGCGCGACUGUCUGUCAGUUGUGUUGUCGUCCUCGUCAAAAGUCGGUGGUUGUUGUUGCUGGGACUGAAAUCAGAAGAACCCCGCGGCUGUCCGCGGCAACGCAUGAACGGCUCGCUUCAUCCGGCUCCCACACCGCACUGCCGCCGCGGCCAGAGUCCGGUCCCCUGUGCACUCUGACACCGACGUGAUCCGGGGCACAGAGCGGCGCGGCUUCGGGUAGCCCUGGUAACCUCGUAGACGACGCUGGAUUCGAAGAUUUCCCUUUCUGCAAGAGCGGCUCGCUUUUAGCGCGCAAGGAGGCUUUACGCACGCCUGAAUGCCUUGACAGCUUCCAGAGAGCCAGACUGGAGACACUGAGGACUUGUUGCGCCUCUUCCGGGGAGCGCACCGGUCCUGCUUUCAUCCCAAGUCUGAACCUGCCUGUGAUGCUCGGGUUGGAGGGGUUUUAGAUGUACCGUGGAGCGCUAACACAAACAACCUGAAGUCAGCGCGGACAGUCUUGCUAGAACUAUAAAUCCUGCUCAUAAAAAGACAAAUUAAGGGUACCAGUUUGCGCCAAAGCAGCUCCUCUUUUCAAUGGCAUCCCCGCACAAGAGCAUCAAACUUUAUUCAGGUCUGAUCCCGUGAAUUGCUUACAUUCUUCCCAGCUUCCUUGUUGUGAACUGAGCCCGUACCUUCUGACCGCCGACAUGUCUGAGCGUGAUGGAUGUGGAGAUGGUCUAUGCAGCGACGGAGCGCCAGAUUUCAUCCCGCCAAGAGUGUCCCGCGGCCGGCGCAGCGGUGUCAUCCUCCCCGGCGGUGGAGGCGGCGGCCCGGACUCCGACACUAUCCUGCUGGAGUCCAUGAAGGCAGCACCGCGCCGCAGCAGCAUCAUCAAGGACCCCUCAGUACAGAAAGUGGGUGGAGGCAGAAAGAAGACAGUGUCCUUCAGCAGCAUGCCCUCUGAGAAGAAGGUGAGCAGUGCAGCUGACUGCCUGGCUUUCAUGCAAGGUGGGUGUGAGCUGAAGAAGAUCCGACCCAACUCCAGGGUCUACUGUCGCUUCUACACCUUGGACGCCGACCUGAGUUGCCUUCGUUGGGAACCGUCCAAGAAGGAUGCAGAGCGGGCUAGACUUGACGUAUCCAGCAUUAGGGAGGUCCGCACUGGGAAAAGCACAGAGACUUUUCUUCAUAAUGGUCCUCUCCUUGAACACCUGGCAGAGGAAGCGGCCUUCUCCAUCAUACAUGGUGAUGAAUACCAGUCUCUAGAUCUGGUGGCGUUGUCGGCUGAUGUGGCCAACAUCUGGGUGACGGGCUUGCGAUACCUUCUUGCCCACCCUUCAAUCAUUGGAGGGGCUGGAGGAGGAUGUGGAGGAAUAGGAGGAGGGCCGAGUGAUGGAGGCAGUUUAGCGGUAGAAGGCAGUCUGGGAAGCAAGAUGAGGAGCGAAUGGCUGGCUGCUGAGUUUGCACAAGUUGAUGAAGAUGGCUAUGGAAUCGUAUCAGAGGAUGUGGCAGUCGCCACAGUCUGCAAACUUUGCCCUGGCAUCAAGGAGGCCAAGGUCCGCCUACGAUUUAAGGAGAUCCAGCGCAGCAAGGAGAAGCUCACCUCCCAUGUGACGCGGGAGGAGUUCCAGGAGGCCUACUGUGAGCUUUGCACCCGACCUGAUGUUUACUUCCUGCUGGUUCAACUGUCCCAGGACCGUGAGUGUCUGGACCCCCAGGACCUCCGCCUGUUCUUGGAGACCGAGCAAGGGUUGUCUUUGGCUACAACCGAGGGCUGCUGGGAGCUCCUGAAGCGUUAUGAGCCCUCAGCCCAAGGCCGGGAGAGGGGGCUGCUGGGCCUGGAUGGAUUUGCUCGGUACCUGCAGUCGCCUGAGUGUCAGCUGCUUGACCCGGAGCACCUGGGGGUUUGUCAGGACAUGAACCUGCCUCUGUCCCACUACUACAUCAGUACUUCAUACCGCUCCUACCUGCUGGAUGACCAGGUCCACGGCAGAGCAGACCUCGGGGGGCUGAUCAAGGCUCUGCAGUCCGGCUGCCGGUGCCUGGAGCUGGGUGUGACUGAUGGCCCUGAGGGCGAGCCUCUGCUUGGAGUUGACUAUGGGCCUGAUAUCUCUCGCCACCAUCAUCACCAUCAUCACCACCACCAUGCACCCGUUACCAUCCGCUCUGCACUGGAGGUGGUCAAUAAAUAUGCCUUCCUGACAUCUCAGUAUCCACUCCUAUUGUACUUGUGUCACCGGUGCACACCGGGUCAGCAGCGUACCAUGGCACACCACCUAAAGAAGGUGUUUGGAUCCCGGCUUUACAAACCUGAGGCCCUUCAUGUCAGCCUGGGAGGGCGGGCAACCACUCUCCCCUCCCCUGAGCAGCUGAAAGGGAGGAUCCUUAUUGUAGGGAAGAAGCUCCCUCCAGAGGAAGAGGGCUCUGAUGGGGAGGUAUCUGAGGAGGAAGAGGAGAUAGGAGGAGGGGGACCCUUGGCAGGAAGAAGAAUGACCAUUCCUGGAGAGGAGGAACUCGGUGUGGUCUUAGUCGUACCUCCUCCUUCUCAGCCCAGAAAGCUCAGUCUCCACAAAGAGCUGUCAGACCUGGUGGCCAUUAUUCGGACCAGCAGCCGCAGCUUCUAUGCUCAGAGGGGAAGUUUCAAGCAGAGUCAGCAGCAAUCACCUCCCAGCAGCCCUUCCUCCCCCGGCUCGCCCAUUCCUCCAGAGACACCUUACUGGACAAUGUGCUCCCUGGGCGAAGGAGAGGCUGGUCGACUGACAAGCGAAAGCCCCGAGGACCUGGUUAUGUUCACCAAGCGCACUCUAACCAGGGUCCGACCCAGCUCAGUGCGUCUGGACUCCAGCAACCCCAACCCCCAAGGAUAUUGGAAAGGAGGGGUCCAGCUAGUAGCCUUAAACCAGCAGACUCCAGGCGCCAUGCUGGACCUUCAUCGAGGUCGCUUCUCACAGAAUGGAGGGUGUGGUUAUGUCCUCCGGCCAGCUGUGAUGAGGGACGAGGUGUCAUAUUUCAGUGCCCACACCCAUGGCUGCGUCCCAGGAGUCCCACCUCAGACUCUGCGCAUUAAGGUGAUCAGUGCCCACAACCUGCCCAAGCCUCAGGGGUCAGGGGCCAAGGGGGAGGUCAUUGACCCGUACGUUGUGUUGGAGCUGCACGGCGUCCCGGCUGACUGUGCUGAGCAGCGGACACGCACUGCCGCUCAGAAUCAGGACGAGCCAAUGUUUGAUGAGACCUUUGAGUUUGAGGUGAACAUGCCGGAGCUGGCCUUGCUGCGCUUUGUCGUGCUGGAUGAUGACUACAUCGGGGACGAUUUCAUCGGCCAGUACAGCGUGGCCUUCGAGUGCCUUCAGCCGGGCUACCGUAACGUGCCCCUGCUGGGCCUGGCGGGAGACCCCUUACCACACACCAGCCUUUUCGUCCACGUGGCCAUCACCAACCGGCGAGGAGGGGGCAAGGCCCAGCGGCGAGGCCUGUCGGUGAGGAGGGUGGGGCGGCGAGGGAGGGAGUACGUCUCUCUGAGGCACACCGGGAUCAAAGCGUUGGACGAGGUUUUCAAACAAGCGAGCGCUCCCCUCAAGGAGGCGACCGACCUGCGAGAAGCUGCACAGUGCUCCACAGCCAGUUUCAAGGAUCAGUGUGGGCUCCCCACUGUGGCCAAACUGAAACAGUGCAUCCAGAGCCUGGCUACUAGGCUUCAGAGCCCCGAGGGGGCCAUGGGAGCUUCCAUGGUGCUGAGGGAGGGCUACCCCUGUCUGGAGCCGCUUGUCAGCCUCUCGGAGGCGACACGCAAACUGCUCUCUGCCUACGACACGAUGAUCACCGCCCAGAAACAGCUGAUCGAGAACGCCGACGGUGUCCAGGAGAGGAUCGACCAGGUGCACCGAGAGGGAAUGGACCUCCAUGAGGAUCUCUCCCGGCUCUGUGAGAAGGAAGGACUGAAGGGAAGGAAGCUGAACAAGGCCGUGGAGAGUUUCACCUGGAACAUAACUGUGCUCAAGGGGCAGAGUGACCUGUUACGUGGCGCUAAGAUGGAUUCCCUGGACGCCCUGCGACAGCUGGCUCUGGCCUGCGAAGCCUGUGGACUCACCUCCUCCACCUCCACCUCCGCUAACAGCUUCUCCACGGCCGAGCUCCACUACUCGUCCCACCCCACGUCGGGCCGACGCAGCAGCUCGCACGGAAACGGACGCGUCUGACACACGGAUGAAAAAAAGAAAUCGAUAAAAAGAAAAAGUGGGAUGAGCCCGUGGUUUUUAUUUUCUGGCAGAGCGUCCCUUUAAGAAGUGUAGUAGACUGAAAGCUUAUGGCGAUGGCGAUGGCCCUGCCUGGAGAAAGACUCAUGAAUGUCUGCAGCAGGAAAACACCCUGAACUGUGAUGGCUCGUCUCAGACUCUUAUUCUGCAGGAUUUCCAUCGUUGGAGAGGAGCCCGACAAAUGUGGUCUGGGCCAUCGCUGAACAGAAGGGUGAAUGUAGAGCGGCCUCAGCGUUUCAGCUCCUACCUGGAUGUUCUCACUGUGUUGUAAAUGUGAGAGAGCCUGGGAGAGAACAGACUAAAGAAAAGACUGUCAGUGUUUCUCAACUCAUUCACCCACAAGUUUCCUUCUUCUCCUGCUUUUGUCAUUAGACGUAACUGCAGCUAAAGCUUAACGUGAAAGAGCAAAAGAGUUGGUAAAGUCACUGACUUCAACAUUAACCUCCUGCUUUAUCUGAAUACCCAGACAUGUUGAUAUCUUUAAAAUUCUAGGCGAAGCGCUUCAGGGUUACAGUGCCUUGCAAAAGUAUUCAUACCAUUUUGGUUUUUUUUUUCAUGUUAGAACCACCAAGUGCAAUGUAUUUUAGUGGGAGUUUAUGUGACAGACCUACACAAAGUAGUGCAGGUUUGUGAAGUGGAAGUAGAAAGAAAAUGAAACGUAAUUUUACAUUUUAAAGCACGACAUGUAAUUGUUUUAGCCCCCAGGAGUCAGUUUGUUGUGGAAUCACAUUUGGCAUCAACUUCCCCUGCAAGUCUUUGGGGUUACGUCAGCUUUAGCUUUGGGCAUCUAGACUAAAAUCAUCUUCUUUGCAAAAUACUUCCAUCUCAGUCAGAUUGAAAGCAGAGGAUCCCACAGUGUGGCGCUAUCACCGCCAUGUUUCAUCAUGUGGAUGGCGUGUUCAGGGUUAUGUGCAGUGUGGGGUAUCAGACUAAAGAACAAUAGCAAUGCAUACAUUUGCAAGGCACUUUAUAUAAUCUCCUGUUUUAAGCUUUAUGUGACAUAUCAUUAAUCAUUAACCAAGUUUGAAGAAUCAGUCUUAACGUGGCUCACAGGCUCUGAAGGUAUCUUCAGCCCAACUCGUCAUGAAAUCGGUUCACACAGUUAGCCGUCCCCACCGCUGCAAAGCGAAGAAUGACGGGGCAGUAAUGCGAGAGCCGAGUGCGUACUGCAGGGCUAGUAUCUGUGGGGAUCACGCUAGCUCCUCCUGUGUUUUUAGAUGCAGGAGGAAACGGUUCCUGAAGCAAUUAUUGGUAAAGAUCAAAUCCGCGAGGCAGUGCAGAUCAAAGAAAUACAAAUUAUGAGUGAAAAAAGAACAAGAAUUCUCUGAGCUGAUGUUUCUUCAGGCCUCCUUGUGUAAAUGUGUGCAUCGUUUUAAGGUGGUAACUUUUCUACUUUUUAAUUGUUGUGCUUUAACCAAACUUGACUAAGGGGACUAAGACUAAAGAAAACCCAGGACCAAACUGACCUGCUCAGAAAUACCUCCUUGACCCCUGUAACUCUCCUCUGUGGACCAAAUGAUCAUCAAAUGCUAAAACAAGUGAGUCUUAAAGAAAGUGGUUCAGCUGAAAAGACUCUCAGGCUGCAGCUGACUUGGUUGCGAGGACGGAUGUUUUGCUGUGGCCUCUGAGGGAGGCAGGGAGGUGGGUUGCAGCGAGACGCUCUGCCAGCUCAGUGGCAUGUCAGCCAUGCUGGUGGCAUUUAGAGGCAGACAGAGUGAAAAGAGCUUGUUUUGUUAACCCCCGAGCUUAAAUGAGCAUCCGGGACCGUCGGACUGUAUCAUCCGCAUGACGGCCGCUCUCUUCUUCAUCGCCUCGAAUCUGCCACUCGUCUCCAGGCUUCAGUGGACAGAGACUGAGCUGAUGUGCCGACUUACAAGCACAACAUGACUCUGACCCGAUAACAUUUGUGUCUGACUGUCUUACUGUGUGUGUGUGUGUGUGUGUGUGUGUGUGUGUGUGUGUAGAAAGAGGCUUAUUAAAGCAGAAAGCACAAAAUAGAGGACUAGCAAAGAUGACAGAGGGAAAGAAGGCGACGGAGCUCACACUGGAUUAACUCGCGCUUCGUUGUGUGCUUCUGCAGGUGGACCUGCAGGGCUUCGUAAUUGGCUGUGAGCAGUAGACACAGUGGCAGCACCUGCUGGUUCUGGUCUAUUAAUACCAUCCUGACUCACUGGAGGCCUUGCGAUGUGUGUUAGUGCAGCUGCGCUCACGUCUGUCAGGGUUUUGGGCUCGCAGUUGCUGCCGGUUGUUAUUUCCUCCUCGACCCGCUGAAGCGGACAAGUGUUUGGAGGGUCUCCACCGCCCCGGAGAGGCAAGGCGCGGCAGCUUUCCGGGAAGACGGGCGACUCCUUAAUCUCACGUGGAGCUGCUCGUCUGGAGCGGCAGCUUUUCACAUUCUGCUGGAGGUGACUGUGGAUAGAGACUGAGUGAUGGGAUUCACCUUCGCCUGAGGGGAUGGAGGAAAGAUGAAGGUCACUGAGUUGUCCCCAGCUGGAGCUGGGUUGCAGUAAUUAGAAAAUUCCCUGUUAAAUUAGAGCUCGUUUUCAGAGUCAUUUCCUAGUUUUUACAGACAGGGAGGCGAAAUGACGUCUGAAGAUGUUAAAUGAGAGCUCAGGGAUCCAGUAGUGAGAGGCACCUGACAGCAGAGCCACCAAACCUCGUGUGAUCCAAAACAUUCAGAUCUGUGUCUCUAAUGUACACUCCUCAUUUUAUAUCGAACACCGUGUUCCAACCAUUGCUACACUUAGCAGAAAAGUUUAACAUGCUUCUUUAUAGAGAUGCGUGGACCAAUGGCGGAUUUCUGAUGUUUUUCACAAAGCUUUAACCUGCUGAUACCAGUUUUAACUCAUGUGAGAUAGCAGUAGUUGUAAAUCAGUUGUAAGCCAAAAUAAAUUGAUCACACUGUUGACAUUUUAGACUGUUUUUAUCAUCUUACAUCAACUGUUACAUUCCAAACAGCACUCUCUGGCUGUGUUUUCUAUUGAGACAAAAGGUUGCCAAUAUUUCCAAACAAAGCAACUUUGUUUUGGAUCCAUAUGAGAUUCCACCCAACUCAAAUUGCUUCUGCUUGCUUUUUACAGUCUUGUUAAAUUUUUUUGGGCUUGCCUACAAACAAAAUCCCCCAUUUUAUGUGAUCUGAUCUGGCUCUUUCAUCCAAGACACGCGGAUACAGAAAUAAAUAAGAAAGACAUAAUGCUGAUGAUAAAACUCUUAAACUCAAAAAUUAGCAAUCUUGUAUCUCUGGUAACUAAUCUUAUUAUAUGGACACUUGGAUCUGCCAUAGUUCUACACAAUAUUUGCAGCUAGCCUAGCUUUUAACAGAGAAAUUUGCUGCAGUGUGAUGUCACCAGGCUUUUCCCUAUUCAAAAUAUUGUGCAAAGACUGAACUAUCACGCUAUGGCAGACAGCUCCUUUUCAAAACGACCAGAACCCACAGAGGUCUCGCUCUCUGUUGUAGCAGUUCUAAAACACUAUUGUAGAAAAUUACAUUCCUUGCUUAAAAAAAACCUUUGACAGAUUUCUGGUUCUUCUUGACAUAAUGUUUAAACACUGACACUGAAAUUUGCCAAAUGCUUAUUGUUUUCAGUGAAGUUUCCAUGCAAAGACAUUUGAGGUUAGAGCAGCACAUAGUGAACUUGUGUUCACUGAUCGGAAAUAGUUUGGAUUGGCCAGUCACCAAUCCUCAUUCAGGGCCAAUAACGCUUAAAAUCGGCUAAUUCUGGUCCUCAACCAAUUUCUUGGUGAAGUUUUAUUGCUUUCAAACUGCUACUAAUUUAUCUUUAUCUGGCAUCUGUAUGAAAAUCUGCCCAAAGACAUUUUCUAGCUUCUUUUGACCAAAACAAAUCCUUCAAUCUUCUUCCUUUUCAACACUGUAAAAAGACCAUGGAACUACCCGGCUGACAUUUUGUUUCCUUGGCCUAAAACCCCAAAAAGCGGUUGAUAGUAACAAAAUGUGCAGCAAGUAGCCCAGAAUAAUCCAAGCUUAUUACAUCGUAGCAGCAGACUUUAGUAGUUGUCAUGCUAGCCCCCAAAAUUCAACAAACGCACAUGCAGUCACACACAUGCGUUUUUGUCAGUCAGAUGUUCUCUUUGCAGUAUUUUUGAUGGAAAAAGUGUGGUGUGCUGCUGAAAUGCACUAAUUUUCUGCAGCGGUCAGCGAGUGUAUUACUGUGUUUCGUCUGUAACUCACAUCUAUACCCCGAUCUCUGAGGUGGGCUUCAUCCCACUUUAAAUCCUCAUUCAGAAGAUUAGUCUAAAGCUGUGAGAUCAUUCAGGUUUAUUUUAACCUGGUGAGUUUCCUGCCAGUGUCCCCAUUAAUGAUGUGCAGUGUUCAGGCUUCCUUUUCAUUGUCUAUACCUUUAAAUAAUACAAUGUACAGAAGCAAGGAACUACAUUAAAAAUAGCUACAUUAAACUCAAGACAUAGCAUAUAAAAAAAUUUAGAACAAUUAAAUAUCUAAGAACUGAUCACAUGAAUUCAUAAGCAGUUGAAUAGACUGAAAGCCGGAAACAGUUUCUGCAUAUGUCCAGUUUUUGUUCCAGAAUUAAGGAUCAGAUAAAUUGAUAUUUACCUUUCCUAACCUUUUUCUUUUAGCAUAAGUUCAUUCAUUUUGAAGACAAUUACUAGGUUACUGUACAGGACUUUGGUUCUGUGGUCACACAAAAAUACAAAGCUCUGUAUCAUCAGAAUAGAUAGAGACACUAAUAUUUCAUAAUCUAACCUGGGAAAAGUAUGGAGAUAGCGAUAAAAAGUAUGCCCAGAAAUGGAACCCUGAGGAACCCCACAUCUGAUCUUUGUUCACUAAAUUGUUUUUAAUAAAAAGCAAACUAUUUAUGAUCAGGCAUGCUAAAGGCAAUUCUAAGAUGCAGCGAUACAAAGACAGCUGUUAAGUUGCUGAUUAUGUACACCAGAACUUCACCACUGAAGUGGAGCUUUUUUUCCAGCAAUAUUUCAUUAUUCCAUCAAUAUUACACUUCCUUAAGAGGUUUGGUCACUACAUGUCAGCUAAGUUAUUCCAUAAAAAUUGGACUGAUGUAAUAACACUGUAAAAAAGCUGUUCUCAUUGUGCUGUGAAAUGCUGAUCUGUGCAUCUCUUUGUCUCCCUGAGUGCGAGGUUGAACUGACCCCUAGUUUACACAACAUACACACACACACACACACAGACGGGAACCACAUCAGGAUGAAAUAAACCAGAACCACCCUUUGUUGGGAGAAUUAAAGAUCGGGGUGCUGUGGCCUCUCUGUCACCCAUGUGUCUUAUGGAGCUCGUUCUGAUUGUGCUCUUCAGUGUACUGUAUGAUGACACAUCUCUGUGCAGACUAGUGCUCACAUGGACCCAUUGGAAAGUUGUGUGUAGCUGCCAUAGUGCUGUGGACAAACGUGUUUAAACACUUGGAAAUCUGUAACGGUUUUAGUUUUUGUAUCGCUGUGGCCUCUGCAGGUGUUUGUGUUGACCUGUGUCCUCUCCGCUGACCUUUAAUCCAGUGUUGUUCCCUUAGCCGUCCUCACAGUAAAUUUUUGUAAAAUUAAAGAAAAAAAAAAGAGCAAAACUAUUUAUUGAAGUGUGUUUAAAUAAUAAAUAAAUAUAUAUGUAAUUAGUUAACUAGAACUUGUUUUUAUUUUGGAACUACUGUGUUUUCUAUCGGAUAAAAUUAUCAAAUAUAUAUAUAAAAAAAGUAUUUAUUCAUGACUAAUAAAGAAUAAAGUUCUUUUUUCCUGA